AUGAUUAGCGACGAUCUUUCCUUUUUUGGGAAAGACCGGUUGGACAAUGACCAAAAAAAGGAAGUGAAGCCACGGCCAAAACCAAGAGAAAUUGUGCCUUUGUAUGACGACCAACAACUUCUUGGUGUUCCUCUGUUGGCAGCGUGA